AUGCCAAGAGUCAUCGAAGUCGUAUCUCCAUUGUGCACACUCACCGUGCAGCAUCUACCAUCCCGAGCCCGCAAAGACGGCUGUCCAGCACGUGACAUUGUAGCCAAUAUCGGCUACUACUUCCCCGCCUCCGCUUUCCACCACUCUGCACUGGAGCAGAUUUACCACUUUCCUGGCACCUCUGUGCUUUCCCAAUCCAGCACCAUGCGGCAAAUGGGAAAUCAGAUUGGAUACAAGGUUCGGAACCUCGCUCACUAUGGCCAGCCGACCAUUGCGAUUGAUUUGGUUGAUAGCCAUGGUCCCCGCAGAGUCAUUCCCAGCUAUUCGACCAUGGACGCCAUUCAGGGAAUAGUUACCAUAACCGCGCCGCACGACAUACGCUUUGAAGACAUUGACAUUGCGUUUGUAGGUACCAGCCAGGCAUUUGUGGAUAGGGUGACUACCGCACCCAUGGUAUCAGGACGUGGCGACGCGCAGCACAGAUUCCUUGUCUUGAGGCAACCGAUUGCAGAUUCUGACUUUCCAUCGCCAAGGAUCUUCGAGCGGGACCGAGCAUACAAGUUUCCAUUUACCUUCAUAAUACCAUCGCAACUACUUCCAAGAGCUUGCUCGCACAAAGUGGUUUCAGAUCAUGUCCACGACGUGCAUUGCCUGUUGCCACCAAGUCUAGGGGACCCGGAUCUUGCUGGCUUCGGAGGCUCCUUGCUUGACGACCUCGCCCCAGAAAUGUCAAAGAUUGUGUAUGCUGUCAAAGUCAGAAUCGCUCACACGCGAGGAUCAGAGGGACUGAUGGUGUUAGCUGAAAAGAUGAAGAAAAUUCGGGUCAAGCCGGCUCUUGCAGAGCAGCCACCACUCAAUAUUGAUAACAGCCUCGAGUAUCGUCCACGAGAGGAAAAGAUCAUUAGAAAGGGCAUCUUCAAAGGAAGGCUUGGGACAUUGACAGCCAAAACUGCUCAACCGCGACCGCUCUUCAUUCCCGGUGCACGUACAACAGACAAUGAACCAAUCUCCACCAUGUCGAAAAUUGUCAUCCGCUUUGACCCAUCCGAGGAUAAUCAUGGGCCCCCAAAGUUGAGCUCAUUGGCCACAAAGAUCAAGGUUUCAACCUUCUACGCCUCUGCUGCACGUCAGAGCUUUCCUUCGCAACUGGCUCUCGGUUUCGACCUUUCUCAAGGGCUCUAUGCGGAGAGCAUCCUCCUUUCUGAUCUCUGCAUUGCAUCUGUCCAGUGGGAAGAGCAUGGACCAAACUCUGAUCCUAUUACGGAAGACUUCAUCCGUCGUGAUUCUGGCAUUUCAGACUGCUCACUUGUUAGCAAUGCGGAAAGAUGUUUUCCAACUGGCAUUUUACCUCCUUCCAAGGACUAUCAGCAGGGCAGGUUCUAUACCACCGAGAUCCUAGUGCCGGUUACAUUGCCAAUGAACAAAAGCUUCGUUCCGACCUUUCACUCCUGCCUCAUCUCCCGGACAUACACAUUGGGUCUAAAGUUGUCAGUGAAUGGUUCAACAAUAUCCUUGAAGGUUCCAGUACAAAUUUGCGCGCAGGGCAGUAAGACUGGUAUCGAAAAUGCCAGGGCAAGAAGCAUAGAGGAAGCUGCGCAUCGCGAGUCUACUGACAUCUUUUUGCCGCAGAGAAUGGUGUCGACGAGGGUGGAUGCUCAAGGAAGCAGUGUUGUGGAUGCAAGGGAUGAAUUGCCUCCCGAAUACGCGGCUUGGGCGGCUCCGUCGACCCGUUAUCGCACAUCGGUAGCGGCUGGUGCACGAGUAUAG